GCAAGCCUAAAUCCCCUUACAUUCGACAUGUUAUUUUUCUAAAAAUGGAUUAUUAGCGGAGGUUUUUUUUUAAGCCUAUAUAAAUAUCACCUUUUUUUAUUUUUUUUCACUUGUUUAUGUCCACUUGAGGUCUUUUCCUCUUUUUUAUUUUUAUUUAUAUAAUGGAAGGCGAAACUAAACUACACCGAAGAAGCAGUAGUGCAAACGACGUAGCACAUUACCGUAUUCCUUUUGUUCAUCGCUUAUCUUCCUUUAGACGAAAUCGAGCACAGGCCAAAUCUGUAGACGAUUUAGUUUCAACCGAGUUAAUCUUGAAAAUAUCCAUCUUACAGGCUCGCCACUUGAAUAAAGACGAUGAAUCAAAUAUUCCCAACCCAUAUGUAACAGUGCGGUGUGGAGGUAUUAGACAAAGGACAGAUAUGAGAAGAAAAACAUUUGACCCAGAAUGGUUAUGCGACUUGGAGAUCAAUUUGACAAGUGAUAUCAUGAACCAAAAGAAACGUCUAAGAGCCUUAAAGAAGCAUGGAUUAUGCUUGGCUGUGUACAGUAAAGACAAGUUCUCUUCCAUAUUCUUGGGUCAAUGCAGUUGGCAAAUUGAUCAACUAUUUACAGAUGAGCAAGCUUCUUGGUCCUUUGAAGAUAAUGAGCCUACAUGGUACCCACUACGUCAACAUCAACCAAGAGCAUUUUAUCGACGAAGAAAAAGAGAAGACCUUAAUGACCAGCUGCAUCCCGAGAUCUGCGUACGAUACGGUCUUGUUCUCAAAUCGGUGCAAGGCAUAGAAGUACCCCAAAAUGCAGCUGCCUUAAAGGAGGAGUGGCAAUACUUAAUAGACGAUAAUAAUGACAUCACAGAAGAUGAAUUAAUUUUACCAGAAGACAAACAAGUCCUGUCGCCACCAUCAAUUGCUUCAUCACCGACAAUAAAACCUAGUUCGAGUACGUCCACCUUUUCUCAUCGAUUCAAAAAGAGUUCCAUCAAAAAGAACCCAUCCUCUCCGUGUAUGCCUAAUUUAGAACCCAACAUAAAGGCCCAAAAGCGACGACGUCCAAGACGUUUACGAUCAAGACUGAUCCGUCGAGGCAAACCACAAGGCUACUAUGCAAAAUUCGAUUCAGAUAUCAUGGGUAUCACGUUUUUGGAAAUCGAAAGCGCCAAGGAUCUGCCUCCCGAAAAGAACCUGACGAGAACAGGGUUUGAUAUGGACCCGUUCGUCAUCGUGUCCUACGGUUCAUCCACGUUUAGAACAAGAGCCAUUCGACACAACUUGAAUCCUGUAUGGAACGAAAAGCUUUAUUUUCACGUACGAAACACACAGGGCAACUACAAGAUCAAGUUUGCCGUUUAUGACAAGGAUAAAUUUUCAAAUCAUGAUUUUGUUGCCUCUCAGGAACUGAGUAUUGCCGAAAUUAUCCAAAAGACCACAGCCCACUUGAGCGAUCAGAUGGCACAGAUGGACCUUGCUACAGCCGAAAGCCCCUCGGAGGCCAUUGAGGACCAAAUGGGUCGCUUGACAAUUCCGUUGAAUUUGGCAAAGCCGGAUAAAUGGAAAGACAGUUGUCAUCCAACGCUAAGCAUUCGCGCCAAGUUUGUGCCUUAUAUGGAAAUCAGAAAAAUGUUUUGGGUUGCUUUGGCCAAAACCUGCGACGCCAAUAAUUCCAAUACGCUCUCCCGGCUCGAAGUACAGACCAUGCUGGAGACCCUGGGGUCUAAUAUCUCAGAAGCAACUCUAGAUCAGUUUUGGAAACAACACAAUAAGGAUGUGUCUGAUGAAUUGACGUUGGAUGAAUUGGUCCAAAGUCUCGAGUGGUUUAUGAAGAUGGUGGAUAAGGAUGAUAUUGUUAUUACAGAGGAGCAGGAUAAAGAUGUACCUGUGGACGUCAUGCGUCAUCCACCCAAGAAUCCCUUCUUUUUAGCUGAUGAUGAUGAUGAUGAUGAUGACGACGACGAGGGUGAUGAUGAAGAAGAAGACGAAGAGGAUGAUGGGGAUGAUGAGGACGAUGGAAUAGAAGAUAUAAUGGAGGACGAUGACGAUGAGGAAGAAGACUCUGAAUACUUUACAGGUGGCGAUGACUUGGAUGAUGAUGACAGCAGCAGCACAACGCCUUCUCCUGAUGAAGCAGACUAUGAAGCAUUAAAGGAAGGCGAAGGUAUCCAAUAUGUGAACGGACCGUUAAAAUCGCUCGAGCUCAAUAAAGAAGAAACAGCGCCAGUCCAUAAAGCACAUGAAAAGAUUAUUCGUCUGAAUGAAUGCCCUAUCUGUCAUAAGCCCAAUCUUGCCAAACGUGGUCAAGUGGACAUUGUCACUCAUGUGGCUACUUGUGCUGCUAAUGAUUGGACUACAGUCGAUAGAUUCCUCAUGGGUAAUUUUGGCAGUGAAGCACAGGCACAAAGAAAAUGGUUUGUUAAGCUUGUCAACAAAGUGGGCUAUGGAAGAUACUCUGCAGGAACAAACAAUGCAAAUAUCAUCGUCCAAGAUCGUGCGACAGGCCAACUUAUAGACGAGCGCAUGAGUGUCUAUAUUCGUCUUGGUAUGCGACUACUGUACAAAGGCAUGAAAACCGGAAUUCAAUCAAAAACAGCUAAACGAAUUCUGGCCAACAUGUCCUAUAAGCAAGGUCGCCGCUUCGACAACCCGAUAUCCAAACGUGAUAUUCACACAUUUAUUAAAUUCCACCAACUUGAUAUGACAGAUGUACUAGAGCCAAUCGAAAACUUCAAGACGUUCAACGAAUUCUUUUAUCGAAAACUUAAGCCAGGCUCACGUCCAUGCGAUAGCCCCGAUGAUCCUCGCGUCGUCGUCAGUCCUGCAGAUUGUCGCAUGAUUGCGUUCCCAUCCAUUGAAGCGGCUACAACUAUUUGGAUUAAAGGCAUCGAGUUUAGUAUACCCAAAUUAUUAGAUAAUACAGAAGAAGCGAAAUCGUUUGAAGAAGGCGCAUUAGCCAUCUUUCGACUUGCACCACAGGACUACCAUCGAUUCCAUUCACCGGUCGAUGGUACGAUCCGUAAGAUUCAUCGUGUCCAUGGUCAAUAUUAUACCGUCAAUCCAAUGGCCAUUCGAACCACACUGGACGUAUACGGAGAUAACAAACGAGAUGUUGUGUACAUGGAUAGUCCUACGCUUGGUAAAGUCGCAGUUGUCUGUAUUGGUGCCAUGAUGGUAGGAUCCAUUGUCUUGACAGCAAAGGAAGGCGAUUAUCUUGCAAGAACAGAUGAAUUGGGAUAUUUUGCUUUUGGUGGAAGCACAUUAGUGGUGUUGUUUGAGAAAAACAAGGUUAGAUUUGAUGACGAUUUAUUAGAAAAUGCGCAAAACCAACUAGAAACUUUGGUGCGAGUGGGUAAUCAUAUUGGCGUUAGACCACAAUAAAAAAUCUAUUGUGUCUCUUCAUUCAUCACUUCAAAGUCAUCCGUCUCUUCAUUAUAACUCCAGAUGGUUAAUUCAACGCCAUAAGGCUUUGGUCUUAAUUCAUAUACACUAUUAUACAACAUUAAUAACCAUAGUUUUAUAUAUAAAUACUUUUGUUUUUACGUGUGAAUAGGAACGAGCAUAUG